CACGUGACCGCUGGGGGGCGCUGCAGCCUGCAGGACAGGAAGCAGAGUCGCGUGCUUCCGGUCGGGUCACGGGGUUUUGUUUUGUCUGUGGUCUUGCAGCAGCAGGAACCCCCGGUUCUCCUCACCGGCUUCUUGUUAUUUUUCACCCGCGUAGAUGUACCGAGCUCCGGUCAGACCUCAGCGGAGCUCCGCAGUUCCGCGACCGCCUGGAAGGUUCCCCUCCCCGGCCUCCUGCUGGGGUCUCCCCGGGGCUCGCUCCCCCUACGGAGGCUCUCCUCGGGGCUGCCCGCCUUACUCUCCGGGUUCUCCGGUGUUUUCCCCCGGGUCUAACCGAGGGUACGGCGGCGGCUCUCCGGGGGGGUUCGGCAGCGGGGGCCGCGGGUUCGGAGGACAGAUGCGGCGCAGCGGGGACGGGUUCUGGCGGCCUCAGUCCUGCAGUCCGGCCUCAGCUCCCAGAUACCAGCCUGGAUCUUCAGACUCGGUGGAGAAAUAUUUCAGUCCAUCGAUGCUGCAGGAUCCCUGGGCGGCUCUGCAGCCCGUCGCAGCCGCAGACGCAGCCGCAGCCAAGAGGACGUCAUGACAGCAAACGAUGACAAACAACAACAACAAACAGCCGCAGCCAGGCUGUCGUCCUGACAACAGACAUCAGCGUCUCCGGCCACCAGCAGCGUCUCCGUCGCGUCGGCAGCUUCGUGAACAUUUCGAUGAUUUCAGGGAUUAAACUGUUUGAUUGGAUGUUUUUCUACAUGAUGCAGUGAUGAUACACAGAUUGAUGUGUAAUCUUUUUAAAAAUGUUUUUUAAUCCGAUUCUUCUUCACGUUUUAUUUACAGACUGUUUGUAAAAGAAAAGUUCAGUUUGUUUCAUUUUUGAAAAUUAAAAAACUAAAUUUUAUUUUAAACUGGA